AUGGAGUUGCAAACAAAGGGGAAAGCUCUACGUGGAGGAGCACAUUCUGUUGGAAGAGCACACUCGGAAGCUCAGUUAGUCGUCUACUCUCUUUGGUCUCCCUCGGUGUUGGCAGCAAGGUUACCAUCCACUGUCUGUCGGUGGCCAGUGGCAGCUAGGUUACCAUCCACUGUCUGUCGGUGGCCAGUGGCAGCACAAAAAAAAUAA